AUGCCUCCUAAAGUACCAGCACCUGCAUCCUCUUCAUCAACCUCCCCCACUAAUAAUUACUACUAUGUAUACAUAAAAUCUCUCACAAAUAUCACCAUCUUUUAUAAUUUUGACGUGGACAAGCAGGCUUUGAUCCCGUUAUCUGAAAACCUCCUUGGUGACACAAAAAACCCCAGCACUUUUAUCCAGUUAGGCUCCAACGAAUCGAGUCUUGUUUUGAGAAUCUUGGAGCAAAAACACAUUUUUGAACAAAACAAACACAGCAUUACAUUCCCCACUCUUUUGAAAAUCCAAGACCCAAGUCUCUUCCGUCACUUUUUGCCCAAUAAGCGUAGACGAGCCUCUUCUAAUACAGAUACUGCUUUCCUUCUAUCUAAAAUAACAACCGCGUGUCCUUCUUACGCGCCACCACAUCACUACAAUGCCCAGCACGCACUGGAAUCACUAAAAUCUUUUCGAAUUGGCUUAGGCUCCAUGUUUCUUAGUUUUGAAGAGGCGCGUCUUGCAAUCACAAUCUAUUCACAGUUGGUUAAAUUACGUCCUUUCAAUCUACUUCAUUCGGAAACUACGAGAGACUCGUAUGCCGUCAAUUGUUAUAAGCCAGAAUGCCGGUUUGCUGUUACAGUUAGGCCAUUUGUGGGCCCCCUGCCUCCUCAAUACCGAACUCCAUUAAUUAUUAUCAAGUUUGAUGAGCACACAUGCGAGCCUUACACUCAUGUUUUCCAAUCACAGAGGAAAAACGUUUCAGUUUCUUCCACAGCACUACUGCCUCGGUUGACUUAUCCCAAGUGCAUUGCACUUGUUUUUGAUUUUAUUCGACCUCCAGAGAAAACCCUUACUCCGGGGGAAUUUGACCUUUAUUACGACUUAUUGGAAGAAAUCUUUAAAGUAAAUGAAGGUCAUCAUUUUUUCAGAACAGUUAACGCCAAAUUAAUUAGUCAAAAAGAGCUUGCCCAUUCGUUUGCAAAUGACAUGUUUUUGGCUCGCCGAGAUGUGAUUCCUCCAAUGCAUGUAUCGGCUUUAUAUCUUCAAGUCCACUCGCCACUUACCUGUAUCCGUAUUACUUACACUGAUUCCACAAAAAAACUUUAUCAUUCUCCUCCUUAUCAGGCUGAAAUUGAGAGCCGUUCAGCUUUUACAAUAUUCCCACUCCCUGAAGAGCUCGAAAAUACUUCGGAGCUUUUCCCUUCAGAAUAUAUUUCACCGGGUGAUAGUUUUGGAACUAGAAACUAUACCAACAUAUGGAAUGUCGAAUACAAUAUGGAUUUGAAAUGGGAAUUACAGCAAGUAUCAACGUUUUUGAAUAAAACCAAAGAUCGCUUCAUUAAAUCAGAUGACACUAGUGCCUCCAAACAAGCUCGCGAAAACGAAGGCGCCAAAAAAAGCGAAGGUAGCAACAAUAAUUCAGACCCAUCCUCUGGUUCCACAGCUCCUAAUAAUGAAUCAAAUAAUGGAUCCAGCACCACCUCUAAUCCAGAUUCUAAUCCUAUUCUAAGACCUGUUUCUAUAAACCCUGAGGUAGAUGAAAUUAGAACUCCCUUUUUUGAUUUUACUGAUUCCGAAUCUUCAGACAAUGACAUGGAAUCUAUUGGGCGGGACGAUGUAUCGGAUUCUAACCAUAAUGAUACCCCUUUUGAAAUCCCAUUUCGUCUUUCCGAUAUGCACUUUUUCCCCAAAGCUAUUCAAGAAAAGCUUGCUGAAACUUCCACUCUAUCUGAGAUUUCUGAUCGAAAUGAACGUAUAAAGGGGAUAUCAUCUAUGACUGGAAUGUUUUCAGUUAUUCCAUUUUCCCAAAUUGAAAAUGAAACGAAAAAUCUAGACUCUACAUCUUCAAAUGCUUCUAGUUUUGCAGUUCCUGCUUCGGCUACAAAUCGCCCUUCAAUUUCUCGAAUAAUAAACAAUUCAUCAUCAUCUUCUUCUUCUUCUUCUUCUUCUUCUUCUUCUACUACUUCAUCGUCAUCAUCGUCAUCAUUGUCAUCAUCAUCUAACAAUCCAGAUGAUACACUACCCGAAAAAACUGAUGAGUUUUUGUCAUCCUAUAUCGACAAUCUAAAACCAACGAUUAAAGGCGCUAAGCCCAGUGACUAUUUACCUUCUUAUUGUGACAUUUAUCAGUGCGCGAAUCAACGUAAUGGUCAACAUGCAGGCUAUUGCUCAACUCACGACAAGCACUUUGCUUUUAUUGAUAAAUAUAAACAGCUUGUUGAAAAUCGAACUCAAUUCAAUCCUUAUGUCCUUGGCGAUUAUUUCGACAAAUAUUAUCCAAAUAUAAAUUUGUACAAACAUUUGUCUUUUUCACGAAUGAUAAUCAUAACUGCCGACAUGAGACGCAUGGCUUUAAGUGCCACCACUUCUAUAGAGAUUGGACAAAAGAAUAUCACUAAUAAUGGAUAUGACCCAUUUAACGUCAUUGUCGCGGUGGGAAAUACUCCAGAACACAAUAUUACUGUACUAGGAGCCUGUAUUACCGACGUUAGUUCUAUUGAGGCUUACGUGGAAUUUUUCACUGAACUAAAGCUGGCUUAUGGCGGCCUGUUUGAAAAGAGAUCAUUCAGUUUUAUUUCAGGACCUGAGGAAGUAAUCAAAUAUGCUUUGUCAAUAGUCUUUCCCAAAAACCGCCACUUAGUUACAUUGUCGGCUAUUCUCAAACGGUUUUCUCAUCGCACCAAUGAUUUCGAAUUCAUGGAGCUAAUCUCAUCCCCUGACAAGGAUUAUGCCAGUAAAAAACUUCCUCACUUAAAUGACAAGUUUUUGGAAAGUUUAAACAACUGGACGAGUGAUAUAUCAAAAACCCCUCGAUAUGGUCGGAAUUAUAGCGUCAAUGUCCAAGCAUUUUUUGAGUUACUUGCACCAAAUUAUAAACAAAACCUUGUUAGGCUCCCAUUGACUAUCAAUAACCUUCAAUCGGAAAUCAUUGCUGCACAAAGGAAAAAGAUUCAAACCAAUUCCAUCAUCAAGUUCUUUUCCGAUGAUCACGCGUUUGUACCUGCAGCCUCAGGAACUUUGGCCCACGCAACUCUUUUCAUUGAUAUUUUUAACGUUGAACCGGUCAAUGAUUCGUUGAACUUGUUUACAGUUACUGCCGAUGACGACUCUUUAAUUAGAUGUUUGAAAAACAAUACGUCUGCGAUCCCUCUGUUACAUGACGCGUUGUACUUUCAUCGAGAUGGAACAACACCUAUCAGAAGGAUUAGAAUUAAAGCAACUCAGACCCUUAGCGAGUACUCUGUCGAUUUGGAAAAAAAGGAAUGCACUUGCACCUUUUAUCAAGAUCUUCAGCUUCCAUGCAUUCAUGCACUCGCCUGCAUUCUUAAAUACCGGAAUGGAAAGGUUUCCAGAUUUUCUUCUUCAAUCUACCAUAUGGAUCAAUACCUCAAAACUCUCGAGAGCUGUGAUGCUUCUAUAUUGAACCCAGCAACCACUGAUGUUCAAUUUAUUUACGCUGCGCUUUCAAAGAUUCAAUUGUCUGAGCUGAAAACUAGUUUUACACGUGGCUAUCCCAUUUUUUUGGACAAAUUUGCUUAUAUUUCAAACGAGUACUCUAAAUAUCCUUACUCAUCUUAG